GGAGGGAGGGGAGGGAGGUGUGCAACAAUUUCCUGUAGUUGCACACUCAUGUGAGCCUCUCGACAGUCCUCUUUGAGUCUGUUUCUGUCCCGGAGAAGAGCACGAACGAGGCUGAGCGGAACAGGAUGCAGGCUAUCAAGUGUGUGGUCGUGGGAGAUGGGGCUGUGGGUAAGACAUGUCUUCUCAUCAGCUACACAACCAAUGCUUUCCCCGGGGAGUACAUUCCUACCGUAUUUGACAACUACUCAGCAAACGUGAUGGUGGACAGCAAACCUGUAAACCUGGGUCUCUGGGAUACGGCAGGACAAGAAGAUUACGACAGGCUGCGUCCCCUGUCCUAUCCACAGACGGACGUUUUCCUGAUCUGCUUCUCUCUGGUCAGCCCAGCAUCCUAUGAGAACGUCAGAGCUAAGUGGUACCCGGAAGUUCGCCACCACUGUCCCUCCACACCCAUCAUCUUGGUGGGCACGAAGUUGGAUCUGAGGGACGAGAAAGAUACGAUUGAGAAGCUGAAGGAAAAAAAGCUGGCGCCCAUCACCUACCCACAGGGCCUGGCACUGGCAAAGGAAAUAGAUGCGGUAAAAUACCUUGAGUGCUCAGCCUUGACCCAGCGUGGCCUUAAGACCGUGUUUGAUGAAGCCAUCCGGGCCGUCCUCUGUCCCCAGCCCGCCAAGGUGAAGAAGAAGGGAUGCUCCCUGCUGUAAAUGGACUAAAGGAGAAGAAUAAAAGACAGACUGUUGACUUUUGGUAAAAAGAAGAUUGGCAUGUCUCUAAUGGAAAACUGCAACUACAUGUUAACUAGUUGAAUAAAAAAUACUUUGGCAGUUAUAACAGAAUUAUUAUAAUAGUAUUUUCUGCAUUAUAGAUGCAGCACCAGACUGAAUUUAUCUGUAAAAUAUUUAAAAUCAGCAUCAUGACUGCUCCAGUUUUCAGGCGUGGGCCACAGAGCUACAGCUUUAUCAUAUUGCCCCUUUUAAAGGUUAACAGUAUAUAAAAACUGCUUUUUUAGGCAUGUGUUACCAUUUUUAACUCCAUUUUCUCUGUUUCAAUAAGAUAACUUUGUGGUGACUUUUGAGUGAGAAACAAAGGAAUAACGCAAUGAUCAAAAGCGGCAGUUUUUUCAAGCAAAGGGCCACUAUAUAUUUCAACAAAUUGUAUUAAAAACUGUGUUAUUUGUGACGAUCAAAAUAAAGUACUUCACAAGUAAAAUGAAAGAUUAUUAAAUUGAUUUCCCUGUAUGAGAAUUUUGCAUCUUCUCACCUCUCAGGAAAAUAAACACAUCAUUACCCCCGUGAUAGCAGCUGUGUGAGCGUGAGAGGAUGCUUUAUCCAAAGUAAUGCUGAUGUAUGUGGCUUCAUUUCCACCACCUGUUAUGAGCAUCAUCUAUCUCACAUUAUUGUCCUAAAGGCCAAAUUUAUGUGACAACUAUAUAAAUCUGAGUCAUUUGGGGAAAUUCCUGGAGGCAACCUGAUAAACUAUACAAAUGGGAUUAUUGUCAUCCUCUCACCAGGUGGGAUGUAUUUGUCUUGAUCUAUUGUUUUGUUUAUGUACUUGUGUCAGGGAAUAAAGAAUCCUGUGCAUUUAAAAGUGAGAAUAAGGGGAUAAUUUGACAUAGGCUGUCUCAACUUGUGAAUAUGAUUGAU